UUCAAGAUUCUGGAAAGCUCCAAGGAUAGUUCACCCUUGGAGGAGACAUCUGUUGUGGUUGCAUUCCAUGUAAAAUUACCACUCCCCAAAAGUUCGUCGAUUAGUUGUAGAAGUUUGAACAAUCAGGUAAAGCUGCCAUGAAAUGUUGUUGGUCAAAACAGGGGGAAUUGACUCUGAAAGGAACGAAAUCGAAAGUGGAGAGUGCUGACCUGGUAAAGAUGUCCUCAAGAAUUAACGGCGGAAAGUAUGAGUUGCGAGUUGUCCACUGUCUACAGGGUCACAAAGAUGUACUGUAUUGUGCUGUAGAUCCCAAAGAAGAGACUCUCGCUACGUGUUCUGCCGAUGGAAAAAUAAAUCUUUGGACAAUUGCAACCGGGCAGAAGUUAAGAACCCUUUCAGGCGGCCAUACGGACGAAAUUACAUCGUGUGCGUUCUCUUCGAUAGGAAACAUUUUGGCGUCUUCGUCUCGAGACAAGAAAGUCAUUCUGUGGCAUUACAAGACUGGAAAACGGGCUUCUCGUUUAGAGCUCCACUCAGAUGCCGUCCUUCAAUGCACCUUUUCGAAAGAUGGAAAACUUCUCGCCUCCGCUUCACGCGAUAGGACCGCUCGCCUGUACAAGAUAAAACCAGGUGCAGGGGAAUUUGUUCCCGGAGGAGAGGUUAAACAACUCGUGGGGCAUACCGCCGCAGUGAAUUGUAUUCAGUUUUCGCCGGAUGCUGCUGUGGCUCUCACGGGCUCAGAUGACAUGACGAUCCGCGUAUGGAGACAGGAAAGUGAGUGGAGCUGCGUGACUACUCUGGGCACAUUACCCGGACCUGUAAAGAGUAUAAUAUUUUCACCGGUCGACCCCGUGUUUGCUUCCUUAGCUGGCAACAGUGCAACAGUAUGGACUAUGCAUGGGACUAGCUAUAAUGUUGAAAACAGUGCAGACAUCAGAGGCAGCAAACAAUUGAAGGCAAUUUCCUUUAUUCCGGACGGCAGGCACAUAGUAGGCGUGGCAAGUGAUACUACGAUCAACAUCUGGGACUCUGUGGAGGACCACGUUUGGAGCAGUUGGAAGGAUACUAGCUCCAAUCAACAUACCGGUGCAAUCUUAACGUGCUGUUUCGCUGGAAGAAAUUUUAUUUCUGCCGAUGACACUGGAUGUGCAUUAGUUUGGGAGCUUAUUGAGAGCAAUACAAAGUAGCUCAGAACAACUAUGACUGCGACUCAGUCAGGCUUUGUAAAACAUUCUGGAAGAUAAUUAUCUUCAAAGCAUCCCUUAGAUAAAGAACUAUCAAUUGAAAUAAGCUCUUCGCUGCACACUGUUGGAAAAAAAGUCCGCAAAUCUUUCAUCUUACUCUGUCCAGCGCAUAAAUGAAGACAGAAAUAAUAUUAUCCGCAGGCUACCCAACCAUCAUCGAUAUGCAUCUCUAAAUACGGUUACCUGUUGAAAAAUUGUUUGAUGAGCUUUAUCGCUGUAAAUAUAUGAAGUAUGUAAAAGAUGAUGUAAAAGAGAAAAAUAAUAUAUAAC